AUGUUUCCUGCCUGCCUCCCGCUGCCGCGGGGCACCAGUCUCGCCUGGGGAGAAAAAGAGCACCCCGAAAGACCCCCGUCAUCCACCAACAGUGUCCCUUCGUCAUUGCACCACGAUACCCAUGCUAACCAUGACCUCCCAUGGCAGAAAAUCGAGAACAUGCGUCAGGAGAUCGACGACGGCCUGUCAAAGAUCGAAGAACAAAAGGCCCGCAUCAAAGAGUUAGAGCAAGAAAACCUAUCCAAAGAACAAGAGGUAACCUCUCUCACCCACCGGAACCAGCUGCUUGAGCAGCGGGUAGAGACUCUCGAAGUCACCCUCAAGGAGGCCAAGACCAAAGCGAGCGAGGCGGCUCAAGACAGUUCACAGAAUGAGGCCCUGCAGCGCCGUAUACAGCUUAUGGAGGAAGAGGCCGAGCAGACCGACAAGACCCUCAGAGAAACCAACGAGAAGCUACGCCAAACGGACGUCAAGGCCGGACACUUCGAACGCAAAGUCCAGGCUCUCGAGGCCACCCGCGAGCAAUGGGAGACCAAGUACGAGGAGAUGUCGAAGCAGUACGCUGCCGUCAAGGAGGAGCUCAAGGAGCUGGAGCGGUCUAUCAGCGAUGUCUAA